AUGCGCGCUCAGGGCUGCGGGCUCUCUGCGCUGUUGCUGCUGCUGCUGCGGCUGCUCCCGGGGCCGCUGCCCGGCCGGGCUAGCCCCGGGGCGUUGUCCGAGCUGCGGGUCCGGGUGCGGCUGCCCGAUGGGCAGGUGACGGAGGAGAGUCUGCAGGCGGACAGCAGCGCCGACUACAUCAGCCUGGAGCUGCGCAAAGGGGACGGGACCCUCAUCACCCUCACCGCUGACUUCCGACAGGAGGUGAAGAUUUUCCGUGCUCUGAUCCUGGGGGAGCUGGAGAGGGGCCAAAGCCAGUUCCAGGCGCUCUGCUUUGUCACACGGCUUCACCGCAAUGAGAUCAUCCCCAGCGAGUCCAUGGCAAAGCUGCGGCAGAAAAACCCCAAGACGGUCCGGCAGGCAGAGGAGGUGCGUGGGCUGGAACAUCUCAACAUGGACGUAGCGGUCAACUUCAGCAAAGGGGCCCAGCUGAGCCCCCACAUUCACAACGUCUGCUCAGAGGCCAAAGAGGCUAUUUACACCCGAGAAGAAGAUGUUAAAUUUUGGCUGGAGAAAGGGGUGGAUGGCUCCAUGUUCGAGGUCUUGCCCCAGUCGGCCGACCUGCCCGACCUGCAGCGCUGCAAGCUGUGCUUGGACCACUGGAAGCCCUGCAUCUGCAGCUACUCGCUGAGCAUCGAGUGGUACCCGUGCAUGCUCAAGUACUGCAAGAGCCGUGAUGCCAGUGGCAAGGUCUCCUCCUACAAGUGCGGCAUCCGCAGCUGCCAGAAGGGCUACAGUUUUGACUAUUACGUGCCACAGAAGCAGCUGUGCCUUUGGGAUGAGGAGACCUAGCAGGCCCUGGCCAGGCCUUUCCAAGUGGCAUCUCUUCUGCCUCCCGCUGUGACGCUCUGGGUGGAGCUGGCUGCCUGGAGUGGGAGAAGGGCCAUGGAGAUGCCUUGUGCCAUGAAGGAUUUGUGUAUGCCUCUUUCCUUCCCACUCCCCUGGGCACCCUAAUACUGCCUCACACUGUGAAAACUGGCUCAGCUUGCCAUGUAUUAAGAGUGCCCUGCCCAUGUCCUAUGGGCAUCACUCACCUAUGGCAAUCUGGGACCGGAAGGAGGCAGGGGGGAGGAGCUGUCAUCGGGGGAAGAGGUUCAUUUUGAUCUAACAGGUUUGCCCAGCUCUGGGGAAGAGACGGACGAGCUGGGGUGUCGGUGCCAGGACAGAGCCUCUUCAAGGGGGGACCCAUUUUAACUGUAGCCUCUCCACCACCAAAAUGUGACCCUGGUGCUUUGCCUUAAAGCCACCGGACGGGGUGGAGCUCUGACCCCUUCCCUGCCUCUUGGACCUUCCAGCUACACCAGAGCAACGUUGGCCACCAAAGGGGGCCAGAUAGUUUGUGGGGUCACUCCCAAGCAAGGGACAGUCCGAGGCCCACAAAUCAGGAGCCCUGCUGUGGUUAGUCUUAGUGUCACAUUGGAUGUUUCCUCCUCCCCCUGGAUGGAGGAGAGAAUCAUAUGGAGCAGGAGUUGCUGUAAAUCCCACCUCAGCCCCUAAAAAUUGAAGGGUUCUAAGUGGUCUCUGGUUUGGCUUGUUUUCAUGACCCAUCCCUGCUGGGGAUUAGGUUUCUAAGUCCCACUUGCUUCCUAUUAAGAGAGACCCGUCCACACAUUUCUACCCACCCCUGCAAGACUGUGAUUGUUACGGGGAGAGAAGAUCCCUGGCUGGGUUUGCUCCCUCACUUUGUGGGAGGCGCUGAUCCCUGGGGAUGGAGAGACUCUUGGAUUCUGUUCCCACCUCUGCUGCGAAACGACAGUGUGAGCUUGGGGUGAGUCACGCCACAGCACUGCCUUUGUUCCCCUCACUGUAACAGCGGGGAGGAUGAUGAGACUGGCUCCUAUGUAAUGUGCUUGGAGAUCUUCAGGUGAAAGGCACUCCCUGCUCGCUGAGUAUUUGUACUGUAUUCUGCCUUCCCUAGGGCUGGAGCAUGAGAGGGAAAUACUCAUAGGGUUUGCACAUACUUUAGAGCAGCUGCAGUUUUUAACCCUAACCCCUCCUGCUCUGCACCCUCCACCAUGUGCCUUUUUGCCUAUAAUUCAGGCAUUUCAGACCAAAAAAAAAGCUAUUUUGAGAUAUUUUUUUCUUUUUAAUUUGCUCAUAGAACUAUUUUUGUAUCAAUCUCUUAAUGGGAAAGGUUUUUUUAAAAAAAAAUAUUGCCACAUGAAGUAAAACCAAAAAAAAAAAAAAAAAAACUUGAAAAGAUUCUUAAAGCAAAUUAUUUAUCGAUUGUAAAAUAGAUGGAUUUUUAGAUGCAACUGUAGCAUCAACCAUCUCCACAACUUACUCUCAGCCUCUUUCUGUUGUCUGGUUCCAUUGGAUUUCGGGCUGCUUCCUUAUGGUGAAACUCCAGUGGUAUCCAGAGGUGGAAUUAGAGCCUAUUAGUGCAGUCAGCAGUUCCUUCCAUGAUUGCUAAAUCCAGGCCAGGAUUCAGGGAGACCUGCUGUGAUGACGCUAGGCAGCUGUCUGGGUGCUAGAGAGGAACCCCAGGGUCUGCCUGGGUCCAGCAGCCUCAAUAAAGAAUCCUUUAUAUCCAUUA